UUCAGUCUCUGACUGCCCCCUAGAGGCCACAGUAGGAACACAGCAGUUCCUACAGAAAUAUACGUAUAUAAAUAAAGGAGAGUGAGUGGAUGUUGCUGGUCGUGCAGCAGGUGUUGUGUCGCACUGCAUCAUGGGAGAGGAGUUCAUCAGGGAGCUGCUGACUCUGUGCUUACACCGGCUUGCGUUAGAGCAAAACACACAUUCUGAGCUCGAGCUUAUUGAGGUGGUGAAGAACUUCGAGGCAGUCAGGAAGAAAUGGCUCCACGCAGAACUCGAGCUGAAGAAAUACAAAGAGCUGCUGGUGAAAUCGGACGUGGCCCGCGCCGCCCUGGAGGUCAAACUCAAACACGCCCGCAAUCAGGUGGAUGUGGAGAUCAAGAAACGUUUUAAAGUCGAGGCCGACUAUCAGUACCUGGAACGUCAGAUGCUGCUGAUGACUGAAAUUCUUGCUCAGGACAGCAAAUCACAUGCCUGCCUUAAUGAGGAACAGCGAAACAUGCUGGCCAGCUUCCAUCACCAAGGAGCUAACAUCACACAGCACAGAGGAAAACGCUUAUCCGUGAUCGACGAGUCGUCUUUCCUGUCUCAUUCUGACAUCAGCUACGACAGGACCGAUGAUGACCUGGAUUUGGACAGUCCGGCUGUUGUGAAGCCUCUGAAGUCGAGACCUCGGGAGAAAAGACGCUCGUCGAUGGGGCCGAACGUUGGACUUCCGAUACAGAAACGUGGGCGACUCGGUGGACGUUCUGGAGAUCUGCUCAGUGUGAGACCAUCGGAGAAGGAGGUGGAGGCGACAGUGGUUACAGCAUCAGUCACUACCCCUGAUAAUGGCGGUCAGAUCCACAUGGUGAUUGACAUCACUCAGGAAACACCGGAGCCAAUCAGAACCCGAGCUGAUCUCCUCCCUUCUGUGAGCGAGCAGACAUCAGUGUGGGCUCCCUCUGAAAUCACUGAGGUUGAGAUGGUGACUACACAGAUGGACGAGACUAGUGCAGAACCCAAAGUUCCUCUGUCUCUUGAUCCCAUUGUGGACUCCAACGUCCAGCAUGCUAACGUCCAGCAUGCUAACGUGAUCCGACCCGAAACAUGCACUCCCUGUAGGAAGAGGAUCCGUUUUGGGAAAGUGGCAGUGAAGUGCAGGGACUGCCGUGUGGUCGCUCAUCCCGAGUGUAAACAUAUGUGUGUGGAAAAAUGUUUCCCUAACACACAGGGAACAGUCCAGCCUAGUGAGGAGACGUUGGAGAGUUUUUGUCCUUCCGCUCCGCCCCGGAUCCCAGCAUUGAUCAUUCAGUGUGUUAAAGAAAUCGAACGACGUGGCCUUGAGGAGAAGGGACUGUACCGUGUGCCGGGAGGAGAGCGAGCAGUGAAGGAGUUACGGGAGCGAUACCUCAGUGCUAAAGGUCCUCUGCUGCUGCACAGAGUGGAUGAGAUUCACGUGGUGUGUGGCCUCCUGAAGGACUUCCUGAGGAAACUCCGAGAGCCACUUGUCACCUUCGCACUCCACAAAACCUUCAUGGAGGCAGCGGAAUUAGCAGAUGAUGAUAACAGCUCAGCGAUGAUGAUCCAGGCCAUCGGAGAACUUCCACAGCCAAACAGGGAGACUCUCGCCUUCCUGAUACUGCAUCUACAGAGGGUUACUCAGAGUCCUCAGUGUCGGAUGGAUCAGAAUAAUCUGGCUCGUGUUUUUGGGCCCACCAUUAUCGGACACAGCAUGCCGGAACCGUCUCCACUUAGCAUCAUGAGAGACACCAACACGCAGCCCAAGGUUGAGUUCCACACGCAGGAGUGUGUUCCUGAACAUGUCUGUACUGUCCGGUGUUACCUUGUCGUGAUCUUUCUGCUUCAGGUGGUGUUGCGGCUGCUCUCUUUCCCGGCUGAUUACUGGAACAGUCUCCUUACUGCAGAGAGAGAUCAGAUCAGAUCAGAUACACACGUGGAGAGAGAUCAGCUUAUCUCUUCGGUCAUACAAUCCAACAUCAGCAACUCCACUCCAUCCACAGACCGAGGUACACACACGACCUUCAGCAAGUCUUGGGUUGCUUUCGAUGUAUGCUUCAGAGUGUGUGUGUGUGUGUGUGAUUCAGAUCGGAUGUUCAAACCCAUCACCUCUCCUGAGCUGAGUAAAUACAGCAGGACUCCAGGUGGUUCUUCCAUCAAGGGCAGGAUCAAGACCCUGGGCAUUGCUUUCAACAACCCAACCAAACCAAAGCCCGAACCAACGAAAAAGAAGUUCUUUACCUCACCAAAGUGAGAGACACAGAACUCUGUAUGUGUGUGUGUGUAUUCACUAGGCAGUGCACUGUGUUUUGCUAUAAUGAUGAGGGGUAGUGUUUACUUGCACAGUCAUGUGACUCAAUCAGCAUUUUAUACUAAUUAUACUAUA